UUGUUUACCAACAUCACGUGGGAGGCAGAUACCUGUCCGUCCGGCAAAAACAGCCCCCUGGUCCAGGACCCUGAAAUAGUCAAGAUGCAUUCCAAAAAGGCUAUAUUCUCAAUUGACAAGAGGAAAAAGAAAUAAUGGAAAAAAAUGGAGAGAGAAGUACACUGUUGUGUGCAUACCUGCUGCUGCAUGUGAAUUGCCACCGAACGCCAUUCUCAAAGAUAAAAAUUAUCCAACAUCACUUUGAUGUACAGAGUCGCGUGGUGACAGAAAACAUUAAUGAAAACAUCGGAUUAUGGGAACUAAAGUCGUUUUCACUCCAAAGGUCAACUAUGACUGGACUAACAUCAAUUACAUAUAUGUUCAAGAAAUUGUGAAACAAGCAGGAAGCUUACCUCUGGACACUGCCUGCACUGCCCAGGAACUGUUUAUGUCAGCUGUACAAAAGACAGGAAAUGCAGCAAAGCAGGUUGCAGUAGGUGAGCAUGUCCAGUGCCAGAAAUGCAACACUCCAUGGAUUGCUGGUUAUUUCACAACUCGCCUGCUCAUUACCCCCCAAAAGAAAAGAAAAAGGAAAAAAAAAUAUGAACCGGAAAAGAGUUUAGUUUCUGCAAAUAUGAAAAGAAAAAAUGUUUUGGUGAUGAAGUGCCUUGUGUGUAAGGGUAAACUUAAUAUUUCAUCGAAAAUACCCAUGAAAAGGGUAAUGGUAAGCGAAACAAGAGAAAUAGAUCUAGAAACAACAAAGAAGAAGAAGAAAAAGAAGAGGAAGAAGGAGAUGAAUGCAGGUUUGCGCCUCCCAGCCGUAAAGGACGAAGAAUCGGAACACUUUGAUGACAGGGCAUAUUUCCAUAGCUCUGAUGCUAUGAAAAUUGGGAAUGAAGGCAAUACAAAAAAUCAAGCCACAGAAACAGUGAGUUUGAUGACCACUGAUAUGCCAGAUAAAACAAAUGAUUUAGAAAAUGAGACUGACAGACAGUCAGAAGUACCAGAGGACAGUUUGUGUAGAAGAAUAUCAGCUACACUUGCUAGCAUUAAAACAACUUUACCAAAAUCAAAUGAAUCAAAUACCAAUACAUUUUAUGUGCAAAAACAAGACAAUAAAGCAGGGAAAGCAAGUAAAUUGUAUAAAACCUCAGCAGUGAUGAAUAAACCACCAGAAGCUGUUUCUACUCAUAUGAAGAACCAGUGCCCCAAGAAUCUUCCAAUAAAAACAGUGAACCUACAAGUUAACCCUGUGAUGCAAAAACAAAAAAAGGUCCAAAGAAAAAUAAAUGGACUGAAAAAUGCGGUGGUGAAAGACCAAAUGAAGAAGAGCAACAGCCUUGGGAAUUUCUUGAAUAGUUUGUUUUAGAUUUAUCAGAAAUUUUUAUACAGUUUCUUUCAGUGAUUUACUUUGAUACACAGAUGUAAAGUCAUAAGUACAAUCGUACUCAUCCAGACAUUUUAAAAUCAGUGGAAUACUCUUCAUGGAUUUUGCAACAGAUUAUCAGUCUUUAUCAUUAUGCAGAUGAUUUAUGGAUACUUAUGUUAGAAUUGAAAAAUAUUCUGCAGUAUCACAAAAUACCAUUGAUAUGAAUGAAAAAGAAAAACUUCAGUUUAUGGAGUUUCUCUUUGUGCAUUGUUAUUAGCUUUUUUAGCUCACCAACUGUAAUGUUUAUCUGCUACUUGCCAGGAUGGCAAAAAUACAAACUAUGUCCACUAUUCUUUUACUGAUUAAUUGUCUAUAAAAUAUGUGUGGCCCCACAGGUGCUGAAUCACCAAGGAAUCAAUAACUCCUAUCACAAUUGUGCACCUGUUUUCUUGAUUUUCAUGGGUUCUUUUUUGUUUUAUUUUUCAUUGUUAUUAGUAUUACUUAUAACAUUUUAAUCAAAAUGUCAAUAAUAAGAACAACAUCAUCAAUAUUAAUGACAUUAUGAAAUAAAUUUUCCCAAAACCUCAAGGCAAGGGGAAAUCAAGUGAGGUCACGAAAACUUACUAAUUGGCUACUUGGUAGCUGAGUACUUGUGAAGCCAUGUGUUCAAACAAAAUUCACAAGAGAAAACUACAGUUACCAGUAUAUGUACCUAGCAACAGUGGGUUAAGGGCCUAUUUUUCCCUUCAUAUACCACUAAAAGUGGUUACCUGCUGACAAUCAUUUAUGGUAAGAUGCCUUAUGGUGUAAUAUUCUCCUUAAAGCACCUUUCAUUUGACUGUCCUGAUUAUUGUUACUGGCCUGAUUAUUGUUACUGGCCUGUAGAGAGAUAUGGGAUCAGGAACUGAGAAAGCUAAAAGGUUAAAUUGAAACAUUGAUUUUUCAAUCCCACCUCCAGUGUAUAUUAUCUUUUGCUUCACCCAUAACAGUAACAUUGGAACAGGUGGGAUAUUACAUAUUAAUUUUUAUAUAGCACUCCUUAUAUUUCUCUCUUUAUCAUUACAAACCACCCAUAUAAAUAUACUCCUUAUGUUAUCAUGCUGUAGGUAACAUAUCCUAAGGCAUCUUUGAUGCUCUCUUUUCAUAUGGAAAUGUUAGCUAUUUCUUUGGAAACCUUUAAGUAGACAAGUUGUUUGUUUUAUCAAUGCACACACUGUAGACUGAAAUAUUAAAGAAGUUCACUAGG